UUUCUAAAACCAAAAAUGUUGGAUGCUUCUCCAACCGCCAAUCUCUCCUUUCUUAAAGCCCAACAGAUCAACAACAACGACAACACGUUCACCAAUCUCCAAAAACAAAAAAAAACAAAAUUAAAAAAAAAAAAUGUUCAUCCUCCAAAUCCACUCCAUCGACACGCGCCGCCCCUUCUCCUCCACCGCCACCACCAGCAGCUCCGCCGCAAAGCCUAGCAACCACCUCUCCAUAACCGAACUCAAUGGCGUAAUCCACCUCUUCCGCAGCCAAUCACCCUCCUCCACCACCUCUCUCACGAGCCCUAGCGCUCGAUCCACCAAACUCUUCGUCGUCGCUGUCCCCAACUACCUCUCUCCUGACGACUUCCUCCUCUUCUGUGGAUCCCACCUUGACCACUUCUCCGAACUCUGCUUCCUCCGGAAUGAUGGAAUGGAGGAUCGGUACAGUGUGUUGAUCACGCUUGCCAAUCAGUUGACUGCUGAUGGAUUUUACUGUAACUUCAAUGGAAAGCGGUUCAAAUCAUCGGAGGCUGAGGUCUGUCAUAUAUAUUUUGCUCAAUCGGCGGAGAGCUAUGAGUUGGCAGAAGAAGCCUGUUCACCUCUGCCUGGAUUUGUUGAAUUGCCUACUUGUCCGGUUUGUCUUGAGAGAUUGGACCAAGACACAAGUGGAAUACAGACUACACUAUGUGAUCAUUCAUUUCAAUGUCCUUGCGUUUCGAAAUGGACCUAUUUGUCUUGCCAGGUCUGCCGACUUUGUCAGCAGCAGGAUGAGAAACCAAGCUGCGCUGUUUGUGGAACAUUGAAGAAUCUGUGGGUUUGUGUGAUAUGUGGUUUUGUUGGCUGUGGAAGGUACGAAGAAAGACAUGCUAUUAGACAUUGGAAAGAUACACAGCAUUGCUAUUCUCUUGAGUUAGAAACGCAGCAGGUUUGGGAUUAUGUUGGUGACAUAUAUGUUCACCGGUUGAACCAAUCAAAAGCUGAUGCCAAGUCAGUGAUGAUGAAUUCUCAAUGUUUGUCACAUCAUGAAGAAUGUGGCACUUGUGGAUGCAGCGAGGAUUCUGGAAUUAGUGGGGCACUUUUUGACAGCAAAGUUGAAGCGAUCAUGGACGAGUAUAACCGUCUUCUUGCAACCCAGAUGGAGACUCAACGACAACAUUUUGAAGUGCUACUCAUAGAGGCGAAAAGUAAAAAGGAGAGUUCAAUAUCUGAAGCAGUGGAGAAAGCCUUGGCUUCAAGGAUGCAUGAUAUCCAAUCAAAACUGGAAAAAUGUGUCGGGGAAAAGAAGGCCGUUGCAGAUACGAAUCAAGAUCUUAUGAAAAACCAAGAAAACUUGCAGAAAGUGGUCAAGGAAAUUGAGGAGAGGGAAAUUUCAUCUGUGAGGUCAAGAGAUGAAACAAUAUUGGAUCUAGAAGACCAGAUUAGAGACUUAAAAAUGUACAUUGGAGCCCAGAAAACGCUUGCUACCAUGGCAGAUACAGAUGGGAUCAGAGGAGGAACACUUUUACCAGUACAAUCUAACGUGUCCUCUGCAGCCAACCCCAAAAGGCGGACAAAAUCUAGUCGAAGACGGAAUUAGCUAAUCAUAAUCUCUACUGAAAUCUCAUUCAUUGAUUGUACAUUGUUUGGAUCCUUUUUACAGUGUUACCUUUUAGGAGGUUCAUUAUACUAGAAGUGUGGUGCAACCCGGUUGCUUGUUCUGGUCAGAAAUGCUAAAUAAAGUUGUGAGCGAAAUUGUUUGCCCUCGCUUUUUAUAGGUGGUGUCGUCUUUUUUUAAUUUUUUUUUUUCAUUUUCUGACAGGAUUUUAUUUGCUACAACAAUCUGCUGAAUGCUAUGAUAUGCUGAAAUGUAACAAAAAGUAUUACGUUGCAUCUUA